UGUCUCGUUCCCAUUGUAUGCAGUAUCUCGUUCGUAAGUUUCAGUCAGCGCUCUUCAACCUUUCAUCGGAUAUGAGGCCACGUCCCCAUUCGUCAGGAUUGCUGAAGUCUCCGAAGACGCCAAGAGGCCUCUUCUCAUUCUGAUGUACGUAGUGUGUAUCGACUAACGAUUGUCCGUCGGUCGGUUGAUAGAUUGGUUGGGCGCUGGCUGAGCUUUGGUUCUACACGUCCGAAGGGCCCUCAGGUUUGGGUAAGAAAGAACGUGAGACCGAGGCCCCGCGAGGAAGACGGAAACCGAACAAACUGCAAGUGGACAAGCGAAAAGCCAAUCAAACCGGGAAGCGCAAAUCAAAGACACCGUCGGUGCUCUGAAGGUCGAGGGAUAGUCGCCCAUGGGUUUGGGGGCCAUUGAUGAGUACACACCUUGUUGUUAUAGAAGAAGUUCACUCACAAUGAAAGCCAUGGCCUUGUCAGGUCAACUCAUGGCAUAUCGAAAGACGCUCACCUCUGAUCAGUGCCAGUUUUGGUAACCGAAUGAAAUCGUGCACCUCGAAAACCAGCCUACGGGAAAAAUUCAAAGGAAGGACAGUUUCUGGAUCUUCAAGCGAUGAACACAGACUGAUCAGUGUGAAAGUAGAGCGUAAAUGAUGAGAGACUUGUGGGCGAUUUUGUUGGUCUCUUCCGUGUUUGGGACCGGAUCAUCGAACGUUCCCCCUGGCAGGUCCCCCAAUCUGAUCCCCAAUCCCGACAUUUCCGACCAUCCCCAUGGACUAAGUCAAUCCGAAAACGAAUACUUCCACACCUCCAAUUCGGCAUUUCCAAUAAGUGAAAACAUCCUUGAGUCGCAAUUCUCUCCCGGCCACACGCAAGCCAUCGUGGCGAAUGAGCCAAGUCCCAAGAAAACCACAAGUUUUCGGCAUUUAAAGAAGUCCAGCUUCACCACCUCGCGCCCUUCGUUGGACAAUCAAGAAAGCAUCCUGCCCACGGACACCGUGCCUUUGUGGUUUUCCCAGCCCCCCGAUUGGUUCACUCACGCCACGGCUCAAUCCGGCAAUCCAAUGACGUGCACGUCCGAAAAAGAGGUGUGUCUUCGAGGGAAUUACAGCCGCUUCCAACUUCCCAACAAAGGAAAGCAGACCACGGUGUCAAUAGGUUUUGAUGGAUUUGAUGUUCGCAAGAUUGAUGAUAUUGAAUACACAGUGGAGAUAUCAUGCUAUUUUCUUACCAAGUGGCGGGAUGACCGUCUCAUCCUGCACUCGGAUAUUUUGCGAACCAAGUAUGCCGCAAAUCCAAACGAGGAAGUCGAAGAACAAUGGUUUCCCAUUGAUCUUGAAUUCGUUUCCAAGAUUUGGCUUCCUGAUGUGGAAGUUCUGAAUUUGAAAAAGUUCCAGUCCCUGGACGUACUCUCGAAGCUUCAAGGUUUGUGGGUAAGCCAACACUCCAAUAUCCUCUACGUCCUGGCCACACGAAUUACUUUCAUCUGCGCCAUGAGUUUUGAUGCCUUCCCUUUGGACACGCAGACCUGCCUCUUACAAGUGGGUAGCUUCAACUUUGAUAACAGAAAAAUGGUUUUUGACAGCUAUUUGCUGCCAGUCAUGCAAAACCACACCAAGUCCAUCUUAGAUUACGAUGUCGAGAUUUCCGAAUUGCGAUCUGAGGCCACUUUCUUUGUACCUGCGGAGACUGGUAACUACAGUGUGACCGGCUUCGAGAUGACUUUAACCCGCCGCAUGUCUCACUACAUGAUCACUUACUAUCUGCCCAGUUCUCUCUUCGUGGUGGUUAGUUGGACAUCGUUCCUGAUUCCCAGUGAAGACAUCCAGGGUCGCAUGGCUUUACUCGUUACAUUAUUCCUCGUCCUGGUCAACAUUUUCAACACCACCACAACCAAUUCUCCUAAAGCCGAUGGCCUCAAUGCAAUGCAAUCGUGGGUGAUAUGUUGCAUUUUUUUUGUCUUUGGAGCAUUAUUCGAGUAUGCCAUUAUCCUCCUUCAAAUGAAGGUGAAGACAUUUCGAAAACUCGUCAUUCCACUUCAGAAGGACGAAACUUGUAAAUUAGACAUGGCAGUGCUGAUAGCAUUUCCCAUUGUAUUUUUAAUAUUCAAUGUCGCAUAUUGGGCUGCAUUUCAUUUUUGAAAUGAUUUCAAAAGUUGUAUCCAAGUCUGAACAUAACAAAGAAUAAAGAAAACGGUAACAUG